AUGGAAAGAGGCAUUCCGUCGUUUACGGCCCCUCAGAAUAGGACGACGGUGGAGUCGGUUCCCCCUGCGGAUACCACGCGUACUUCUCCAGGUACCUACCGCCCUAUGUUAUUUCGAGACGAGGUAUUCACCGGCACAAAUGAGACUACCUUAGGCACCAUCCUCAUUAAUGUUAAGUUAGCAGCAAGGCGGGCUUCACCUCCAUGGGAUGAUGAAGAUAGGACCCAAUACCUCUUGGAUCACUUAGGUGCUCAGGCCAAACGUACUACUGCAACGUACUUUUUACGAAUCGAAGAAGAAGAGGGGACACCUCCAACGUUUGGGGAACUGGUGGCGUACUUGUCCCGUGUUUUUGAGCAGAUCGUGACACCAGAGCAGAAGAUCAAUGACCUUCUUGAUUACACACGUGCCCGAUCAACAUCCUUCGAUCGCUAUGUUAUGGGAUUCCAGAGGAGAGUCGAAGAACUCCCCUCGGCCAUUCAUAGGUCACCAGGAGACAAAUUCUUUGUCUCAAUCUUCAGACAGGGUCUCUCAUCGGAAGCGAGAGACUUGUGGACAGCAUGCCCUAGGUUACCCACGACUUGGAAAGCAGUCGCGGAAUUGAUCCGGGAACACCCAGGGGUAGUUCAGUCAAUGGAUAGGCCAGAGGAACGCACGAAAUCCUCUGCACGGAAUCCAAUGGGAAAGAGUAAUAAGGCAUUGCCUGGUAGGGAACAGGGAGGAGGAAUGGCGAGUAACAAGGGAGCCUCGUUAGUAUGUUACGCUUGUGGAGAAGAAGGGCACAUUGCUCGAAGAUGCCCUCACCAGAGACAGAGUUUAGUUCAACUAAAGGAUCGGAAUGAUAUUGAAGGAUUAGUUCAAUCGUUAAAGAACCUUCAUAUAUCAGAUAACCCAGUAGCACCAGUAAGGAGUGGAUAUUCUUAUUAUUACGACCAUAAAAAUUACACCAAUAAGAAGAUAAAAAUAGAGCCUGAAGUAACGGAAUUACAGAAAGCAGUUAGACUUAUGGAAGAUGUAGUGAUUACUACAGUAGACAAAGAAUCACAAAAUAAAGUUAAAGUAUUAGUGGAUACAGGAGCGUAUUUACCACUAGUAAUCCAGCGAUGUGUACGCAGGUUACAGAUACCAACUUUUGAGUUGCCUGAAGAGCAAUAUCGUGGUAUAAGCGGAGAAAGGAUCUCAGCAAAUAGAGGCGUGAAGUUGUGUUUACAGUAUGAAGGUAAGACAUACACGUUCGCGGCCUAUAUCACUCCAUUAGAGUUGGAGAUAGACGUAAUAGUAGGUACUACAACCAUGGGGUUGCUACCAGAGUUCUUACAGAUAGUAACUCGACAUUUAGCUGACGCAAGUCGCAGACUACGUGCUACAGAGAACGCCGUAGAAAUGACAGAAGUUAAGGGUCAUAGGGAUGACUUAAAGAGAAAGUCUAUGCGUGAAGGAUCACAGAAGACAGAAUCAACUGAGGCCAAGUGUGAUUCCAAUGAUGAAGCCAUAGCCUCGAACUACGAGAGUUCGACAGAAGGUUCCGAGAUAUGGGAUGAGAUGGUUAGUGAGUCGGAUACUCAGACCUCCCAUGAAGGCACGCCGAUACCACCAGUAAUGGAACUGGAGGGAACAAAAGGAAGAUCGGUGAGGAACAAACAAGAAGAGAAUAGUAAGACACCUACAAGGAAUAAGGUGGAGACAGACCUAAGGGAACAACAGAUAAGUUCUAGGUUACAAAGCCAUGAAGAUUGGAUAUGCCACAUGGUAAGCAAGCCCGAUAAGACAGGGAAUGAAGAUAAAGGUUCGGAAGAGUCGAACUUACCUGAUGGUCUACAGGAGAAAUAUAAGGACACGGUUACUAAUGUAUUGAAUAGCGAUAACAUUGUGAAGAGAACGGUCUAUCAUGAGAUUGAGCUCGUCAAGGGAACGAGAGUACCGAAAUUACAACCGUAUAGACAAACAGCAAAAGAGAAAGAGAUAACACGUAAAAUCGUUGCUGAGCUAUUAGAGCAAGGAUUCAUUGUACCUUCAAAAGCACCAGGAAGCUCUCCUGUGGUGUUAGUAAAGAAGAAGGACAAUAGUUACAGAUUAUGUGUGGAUUAUAGGGAAUUGAAUAAGAUCACCGUCAGUGACCCGUUUCCCUUACCCAGAAUUGAAGAGAUGCUAGCAUGUAUAGGAGAUGCAAAAGUGUUUAGCACUCUCGACCUCCAUAGCGGAUAUCACCAGAUCCCAAUGAGAAAAGAAGACAGAGCAAAGACAGCGUUUGUAACAUCGGAAGGAAAGUAUGAGUACUUGGUAAUGCCAUUCGGAUUAAUGAAUGCCCCCAGCACGUUUGCUAGGUACAUGUCAGAAAUAUUUAGAGGACUGCGUUUUGUAGCAGUCUACUUGGGUGAUUUAUUAGUUUACUCUUUGAAUGAACAAGAACACAUAUAUCACCUAGCUGUGGUAUUAGGGAAGUUGAAGGAACAUGGAUUGAUAGCUGAGAAGAAGAAAUGUCGUUUCCAUGUGAACAAGGUUGAAUUUCUAGGAUACGAAGUCAGUGAUAAGGGAAUUAGACCCCUCAGUCACAAAUGUGAAGCCAUUAAAUUAUUGAAGAUGCCACAGACUGUGAAACAAGCACAAAGGUUUUUAGGAUUAGUGAACUAUUAUCGUAGGUUCAUUCCUAAUUGUUCGUUGAUCACUCGACCGUUACAGAGAUUCAUUGCAGGAAAAGAGAAGUGGACAAAACGCCACACGGAAGCAGUGAAACAUACGAAAACGUUAUUGUCGAGCGAACCAAUUCUAGUCAAAUUCAAGACACAGGAUUUAAAUGCGAAUUAUGUUUUGACUACAGAUGCUUCUAAAGAAGGAGUAGGAGCAGUGUUGGAAGAAGUGGAUGAAAAAGGUAAGGUUUUAGGAGUAGUUGAAUACUUCUCGAAGUCGUUUAAUGACGUACAGUCGCGAUACCCAGCCGGAGAAUUAGAAUUAUUAGGUAUCAUGGAAGCUUUACGCCAUUUCAAAUAUCUUUUACAUGGCAGGAAAUUUAAGAUAAAGACUGACCAUUUAGGACUGUUGACAACGCAGAAUAAAGGAGAACCACAUCGUAGGGUAGCGAGGUGGCUGGAUGAACUAGAAGAAUAUGAUUUUACAUUAAGUUAUCUGAAAGGACCAGAUAACGUAGUUGCGGAUGUGUUAUCAAGAGAUGUAAGAAGAAUCUAUAUGGUAGAAGAGGCAACCAUUAGACCAUCGUUAUGGACAGAGGAAUAUAAAGCAGACCCAUUUUCCAUCGCAGUAUUAAAAACUUUGAAGAAGAAGUUUAAACCCAGAAUGGAAGGGAACGACGUGAAUAUUGUAGCUAAAUAUAUGGAAAAGAUGAAGAAAUCAGAGAUAUUCAGGAAUAAGAUGUCGUUCAAAGAUGAUGUGAUCUAUUAUGAGAAUAGGAUCAUAGUACCACGAAGUAAAGUACAAGAGGUGUUAAACAUUUACCAUGACCACUUCUUGACAGGAGGACACUUUGGGAUUGAAGCAACUUAUAAUAAAAUUGCGCUUUACUACUAUUGGCCAAAGAUGUCUAGAGAUGUGAAAGAAUACGUGAGAACAUGUACAGACUGUCAGAUUCGGAAACAUCACCGACCAAACAGCCAAGGUAAGAUUAUGCCUUUGCCGCAAGCAACAGGUCGUUGGAAGGAAUUAAGUAUGGAUUUCUUAACAGGAAUACCAGAAUCAGUAGGAGGAAAUGAUAUGAUAUUAGUGGUGGUGGAUCGUUUUUCGAAGUAUGCAUGGUUUAUACCUUGUAAGAAGACGAUUACAGGAGAACAGGUGUUUCAGUUAUUGGCAGGUAACAUCUUCAGUCACAAAGGAGUUCCAGACACGCUUGUAAGCGAUCGAGACAUACGUUUCGAAGGGAAGAAAUACCAAGAACUAACGAAAGGCUUAGGAAUUAAGUUGUUACGUUCGACAGCAGGCCAUCCGCAGACCGAUGGACAGACAGAACGGGUAAUGCAACCGUUAACAAGACUGUUAAAACAGUAUGCACAAUCACCAAAUUGGGAUACGCAUCUAUGGCACGUACAAAUAGCGUACAACAAUGCGUAUAAUCAGGCUAUUAAGGAUAUGCCAGCAAGAGUUGCAAAUGGCUAUUUAAUCAUUGAUCCAUGUGUAGAUGCCAGAGCAGAUAGUGGAAAUCAGAAUUUAGAACCAGAUCAAUUGGCAAAAUUAUUGGAAGUAAUGAACGCUAGAAUUAAAGACCAAUUAGAAGAAAAUCUAUAAGAAUGGAAGUCGACAAGAAUGACAGACGUAGAGAAGUCACAUUCGAACCAGGAGAAUUAGUGUUGGUAUUAAAGAAGAGAAUCAAUGAGGACAAACUAUACCAAAAAUUAGCGUCAGAAUACGAAGGAUCCUAUAAAGUGAUCAGGAAGAUUAACGAUAAUGCGUAUGAGAUUGACUUACCUCCGCAUAUCUCAGCACAUAAGGUCAUUAACGUACAAUAUCUGAAGAAGUAUUAUCUCAGGAGUAAACACUAUACAAACAACCACCCGAUAGCAGAUUAG